CACCGGCCGUUACUUUCGAAGAAAUCAAGAAACCGUUCACACGGAAGAGCAAAACCACUUGGAAGAGAGAGUUGUGUCUGGAAGUCUCCAUUCCUUCUUCGCUUCGAUCCGAGGUGUCUCUACUCGCGAUCUACGGCUUCACAGCAGCUUUUUGAUUUGUAUGUGCGAAGGAACAAUGCAUGAGCUUGCGGUUCGAACUUGUAAGGAUUGUUGAGAUGAUUGACCCCGUUUGAGCACUCUACUUAGGACUAGCUGGUCGGAGUCGAGGAGAGAAAUCGGGAUUGGCGGAUUUUUGGGGGGAAGAUGAGUUCCGAAGGAUAUUCAAUUGAAGUUACGGGCCUGUCUCCCAAAGCGACCGAGAAGGACCUCAGCGAUUUCUUCGGUUUCUCCGGUGCGAUCCUCCAUGUCGAGAUCGUCAGGUCUGGAGAUUAUGCGUGUACAGGCUAUGUGACGUUCAAAGAUGCUUAUUCUCAGGAAACUGCCGUCUUGCUCAGUGGUGCAACCAUUGUGGAUCAGCGUGUCUGCAUAACACGCUGGGGACAAUAUGAAGAUGAAUUUGAUUUCUGGAACAGGUCUUCCUCAAGGCAUGAAGGCGAAACCAACUCAACUAGCCCAUAUGGAAGCCAAUAUGUGCCCAAUGCUCGUGAAGUAGUGACCGUAGCUCAGGAUGUGGUGAAAACUAUGCUAUCAAAGGGAUAUACGCUUGGGAAAGACGCCUUAACCAAGGCAAAAGCUUUGGAUGAGUCUCAUCAAGUUUCGGCGACUGCAAUGGCAAAGGUCGCCGAGCUGACUGAGAGAAUCGGCCUUGCCGACAAGAUCUGUGCCGGGGUCGAAGCUGUUAAAUCAGUGGAUGAGAAGUACCGCGUUACAGAGUACACGAGAUCUGCUGUAUCUGCCACGGGAAGAACAGCUGCGUCAGCUGCAAACACUGUGGUAAACAGUAGCUACUUCUCUAGAGGUGCUCUUUGGGUAUCGGAUGCACUGAAUCGCGCAGCUAAAGUAGCUGCAGAUUUGGGUAGUCACGGGGCAAGGCAAUGAGUUCACACGUCUUAGUUACAUCGGCAGCUAUAUAGAGUAUACCGGGGCUUCCAUGUAGAUUGUUUCUUUAACUUCAAACGGGAUGUUCGUGUAGAAGUAACUUGAGAGUGACUAUUUUGUAAAUUCUCAUUCGCUUGCCUGUGUUUGCUCAUUCUCUUUGUGAAAUUAUCAGGGCAGGAAGAUUGUACAAAGUUUGAAUAAUCUGUCUAUAUGAUAUAUUGAUCUAUUUGGG